UCCACUGGCGACCGACGACAAGCCACGGGGCCCAUUGAGACCGCCAAUUGCCGCUCUCUGAACCCGACGAGUCAAUCCCCCGGAACCGAGACGCGAGCAGUCGCGGGAACCAGAUCGCAUCAGUCGCAAUGUCGUCCAAGUCCGGUGUCAACGUCCUCCGGUAUUCCGCCCUCGGCCUGGGCAUCUUUUACGGCUUCUACCACCAGCGGUCUAUCACCGCAUCGCAGAAGGCGGCCGCGGCACAGCGCGAGUAUGAGCACAAGCAGGAAUUAAUAAACAAGGCCAAGGAGGCCUACGCCAAGUCAAAGCAACCUGCUACCCCCAGCGCGUCCGCCACGACAGGGCUGGACCAAGACCCAAUGUCCCCGGACUUUGAUCUCGAAGCCUACUUCGAGGCGCUGAUGAAGCUCAAGGAAUAAGCACGGCCGUGACCGAGGCUGGGGAGCCAACAAACUGGAGCAAGACAGAGUCUGCGUGGCCAACUGGAUUGGACUCGGCAUCGCCCUCGGAUGCCGACGACCAAAGGGUGGGAGAGGCCAAACGAACGACGCCCCAAAGCCACGGAAGGGCGAUGUGGGGAGAGCAUGUCUGCGUCUGCAGGGUCGGUCUCGCUGCGGAAAACGCGGGAGACGGUCCCGCAGACGUGCAGGCAUGGUGUAUUAUUGCGCACACGUCAGCAACCACGG